AUGCCACCAAAUCUCCAGGACCAAGACACUAUCUUUCGCAACAUCAAGCUGGUCACCACACCCUGGAGCAUCUUCGUCUACGUUAUAAACCCCUUCAUCUCCUGGGCGUUGAUGAUGUACACUUGCUUCCACUUGAACACAGGCGGGAUUCUCUCCACGCGUGCGCAACUCACGUUCGCCGUGGUUAUAUAUCCCGUGUCCGUUUUGUUUCUGGCCAUGGCGACGGGCGAGAAGAUCAAAUCACGGCUAGAGGAGAGAGGGUACGAGCAGAGAAGAACGAGAGCCCGUGAGAUUGAUCUGCUUUUGAAUUUGGCCGUGUUUGGCGCCUUCUAUUAUUGGCUUCAGAGUUACGAGAGUGAUGGGAAAGAGAGCAGGUUUGCGGUUGGGUUGAUGGCGGUUUUUGGUGGAUUGAUGAUUUGGUGGUUUAUUGUCAUGAUGUCGAUUGGGCCGGUCCUUUGGUUUACUGUCAGGGUCAGAUAA